AUGACAACAUCCAGAGCUUUAAAUAUAGUCUUUGUGCAUCCAGAUCUCGGAAUAGGUGGUGCAGAACGCCUUGUAGUCGACGCAGCAGUGGGGUUACAAGAUAAAGGACAUAAGGUAAGUAUAUACACGUCGCACCAUGACCCAACUCAUUGUUUCGAAGAAACUAGAAAUGGGCAGCUUAAGGUCAAUGUGCGCGGGAACUGGCUUAUACCACGAACUCUCUUUGGUUUAUUUUACAUAAUUUGUGCAAUACUGCGACAAUUUCAUUUGGGUCUCGCUUUGCUUUUGUGGGAUAGACCAAAAAUCGAUGUUAUUUUCAUUGACCAGUUGUCGGCCAGUAUUCCGCUAUUGAAGUUUACUGGUGCAAAGAUUCUGUUUUAUUGUCAUUUUCCGGAUAAAUUGUUGACGGGGCGUAAAUCCGUUUUGAAAAAACUAUAUAGAAUGCCUGUUGAUAAGUUUGAAGAGGUGACGACUGGUAUGGCAGAUGCUAUAGUAGUUAAUAGUAAAUUUACUGCCAAUGUUUUUCGUGACUCAUUUCCAUCAAUAAAACAGCGUCCAAAAGUACUUUAUCCGGGAAUACACCUUACUUCGUAUGAUAAAGCUGUAGAUUUGAAUGAUGAGUCGGUGAAAAUUCUAGAGAGUCACAAAAAACUGAUAAUUUCGAUAAACAGAUUCGAGAGAAAAAAGAAUAUAGCGCUAGCUAUCAAUGCUUUUGCUGCAUUACGCGAUAAUCAUUUAGUGUCCACCACAGAAUUCCAAAAUCUACGAUUAAUAAUAGCCGGAGGCUACGAUUAUCGUGUAAAAGAAAAUGUCGAGUAUCAUUUAGAACUGGAAAAACUAGCUUCCAUUCUUGGACUUUCAAAUUUUACCAUAAGUCUCGUUGGUGGAGCAAAAGAUGCACAAUCACCACCACCUUCAGAUGCUCAAGUAGUUUUCCUAUGUUCCUUUUCAGAAGAACAACGUACAUUUCUUCUUUCACGUGCCAUCUUACUUCUUUAUACUCCAUCAAACGAGCAUUUCGGCAUCGUCCCGGUGGAAUCGAUGUAUGCCAGUCUUCCGGUUAUAGCUGUGAAUAGCGGUGGACCAACAGAGUCUAUACUAGAUGAAGUCACGGGAUUUUUGUGCGAUCCAACACCUGAAGCUUUUUCACAAUCAAUUGUUAAAUUGUUAUCUGGUGGUAAUGAAUUUGAUCGUAAAAUCAUGGGCGAACAGGGACGAAAGCGUGUGCAAACUUUAUUCUCGUUAUCCGCUUUUGUUGAUACUUUGGAGGAUAUUUUGAGGCACUUAGCAUUUGAAUCUUCUCCUUCAUCAUCAUUAAAGUUACCUAUCUUAAUUUUUGUGUUAUCAUUAAUUAUUGGGUUUAUUGUAUAUACUCAGGAUUAUAUUAGUAUUUGA